AUGUGGUUAACUCGAACUUGGACAAGAACUUCUAAAGGCCCAUUAACACUUUUAUCAUCCUUGCUCCAGAAGUGCCGAAACGAAAGACUGCUGAAUGGCCUACAGGAAAGUAAAUCUGGACCCAAAGUUACUCAUUUGUUCUUCGCUAAUGACAGUAUCCUAUUUGCAAAAGCAAAUGCGAACGAAAGCGAAAUAAUAAGGUACGUGCUAAGCAGGUAUGAAGAAAGCUCUGGACAUUGUAUAAAUUUUCCUAAGUCGGCUUUGGUUUUCAAUGCCAAUACAAAGGAUAGGAGUAAGGAAGAGAUCAAGGAGGUUUUGGGAAUAGGGGCCAUAACAAAUUUGGAAAAGUACCUAAGCCUACCAUCUAUGGUGGGUAGGGAACAAAGGAAAGCAUUUAGAGAAGUAAAGGACAGAAUGCACAACCAGUUGACUGAAAGAAAUUGUCAAAUGCUCUCGCAGGGGGGCAAGGAGGCGUUCCUAAAAUCAAAAGUUCAGGCGAUUCCAACUUACACCAUGGGUUGUUUCUUGCUUCUAAGGACACUAUGCGUGGAACUAAACUGUAUCAUAAGCAACUUUUGGUGGAGGCAAAACAAUGACAAAAGAGGAAUCCACUGGAUUAGCUGGAAGCAAAUGUACACACCAAAGAAAGAGGGAAGGUUAGGCUUCCGUGAUAUGGAGAAAUUUAUCAAGGUAAUAUUGGCAAAACAGGGGUGGAAACUUCUAACAAAUCCAACAACUUUGUUGUAUGGAAUCUUCAAGGCUAAAUACUUCUCGAGGACAUCAUUUCUUGAAGCAAAACUUGGUAGUAACCCUUCCUUGACGUUGCGUAGCAUUUGGAGAACGGGGCACUAG